AUUGAUCACUGUUCUUUCUUCCCCCUCCGACGAAGAAGCAAACUCUCCCCUCUCUCUAAAUUCCUUCUCUCUCUCUCUCUAGAAGUUUUCCUUUCUUUCCUCUCUCUUUCUCUAUCUGUAUUUCUAGCUUGUCCAUUCUUCCUCUCAGUAACGCCGUUAGAACCGGUCUAUCCCUUCCUGCAAGCACCCAUUCUCAUUUUCAGCGCUUUACUAACCCACCUCUCUCCCUCCCUCCCUCCCUCUCUCUCUCUCUCUCUCUCUAGGGUUUGAUUAUUCAAUACAAGCCUAGCCCAUCAUCACGAUCAUCAUCAUCACCACUACCGCCUUUCUCAUUGUGUAGCAGAAUCUGCUUGGGUCUCAGAUGACGACUUCUGUGAAAAAUAAUUUCAUGCCUCCGGGUCUGGUCUCCAAUCUCCAAGAAGUGCUUCUCAGCAGGAAGGGCAACGAGGAAGAGCAGUCCAACAAGAAGAAAGAUGAAUCUGCGGAGCCCUCUUCUUCUUCUACCCCCUCCGAUGCUGUUGGGGCUAAUUCUGAGCAGGAGUCCUCGAAGCCUGUGGUUCUUGUGACUAAUGGUGACGGGAUCGAGUCCCCAGGGCUUACUUACCUUGUUGAAGCUCUGGUUCGCGAAGGCCUCUGCAGCGUUCAUGUCUGCGCUCCCCAAUCGGACAAAUCUGUGUCGGGUCACUCGGUGACUCUCCGCGAAACGGUGGCUGUUAGUUCUGCUGAAAUCAAUGGUGCCACGGCCUACGAAGUUUGCGGGACGCCUGUUGAUUGUGUCUCAUUAGCACUAUCUGGGGCACUAUUUUCGUGGUCAAAGCCUUUACUGGUAAUUAGUGGAAUCAACAAGGGAUCGAGUUGUGGUCAGCACAUGUUCUACUCCGGUGUUGUUGCGGGAGCUAGAGAGGCACUUAUGAGUGGCAUUCCAUCUAUGUCGCUGGCACUGAAUUGGAAAAAAGAAGAAAGCAAAGAUAGUGAUUUCAAGGAUGCAGUCACUGUCUGUUUACCGUUGAUAAAUGCAGCAAUAAGAGAUAUAGGAAAAGGAAGUUUCCCUAAAAGUUGCUCACUAAAUAUUGUAAUUCCAACAUCUCCUUUGACAAACAAGGGCUUCAAGUUGACAAAGCAAAGUCUGUGGAGAUCCUCUCCCAGUUGGCUAGCUGUUUCUAAUAGGCACCCAGCUGGUGGACAUUAUAUGUCCAAUCAACAAAGCCUUGGCCUCCAGCUUGCUCAGCUCAGCCGUGAUGCUUCUGCUGCAGGUGCUGCUCGCCGCCUGACAACACAGAGGAAAAAUGUGGAGAUUGAAUCAGUUGGUGCUGCAGGAAAAUCCGACUCCAACCGGGCAGUGAAGAAGUACUUCCGCCUAGAGUUUGUGGAGAAGGAGCAGGAAGAUGUGGACGAGGAUCUAGAUUUCAGAGCACUUGACAAUGGAUUUGUUGCAGUCACAGCUCUCACUCUUUCUCCCCAAAUAGAGUCAAAUGCUCAAGCGGCUGCAUCAGAUUGGAUUUCCACCGCAGUACAAGGAGAGCAGUGAUGCUUUUCGAGCCCGCACGAUCAGUAACUGUGUACAUUUCGAGAUGCUGUCCUGUCAUCUUAGUAAAAAAAUCGGUUCAACAUGGACGCUGAUUCUGAUUCGUGUUGUCUUUUAAUGUUUUUUUUUUCUCCCCCUUAUUUCCUUUUUUAUCUUGCCAGCUUUAAAAUUUUAAUUUUAAUUUUGGGUGAAGCAAAUGGUUCACUUUGGAAUCAAUUUGGUGGUUAUAUUUCUUUCCUUUUUUUUCCUCCGAAAGUUUAAUACUUGGUGAGCUUUGGGUGGGAGUCUGGUUGUAUUUGGUGGUGCAUUAUGUAAUUGGAACGGCCAGGUCUGAAUUUUAUGACCUUGUGCUUUGCUGGAAAAUGACAAUGCAUUUUGUUCUA